AGCAGCUCCGUGCAAGUGUCUCAAGGACAGUGAACGCCCAUUAUUCCUGGGGGGCGCAAAUUUAGUGACAAUAUCCUGGGGUUGGGCAUUACUUUUUCACUAUCGACCAAACCUCUGAGAGCUUAUCUCGGCUCUUCCGGUGCCCGAUUGCUGGUGGCCCGGGAACACCGAAGCCGCUCGGAUGUAUCCGGGUAGCAAACGCAAGUUGGACGUCCGGCUGUUCCUAUGGGGUCUGUUUCUGUUACAAAUUUCGCUCAUCUGCCUCUUUCUGCUGUUCGGCGCACUGUUGGUGUCUACCAGCGAAGAAAACGCCGUAGACGAUGGCCAAACAGCUGAGGGGCAGCUGCCCCUUGGGGCGGAUACAGCCAGCACCAACCAGCGCCAACAUUCCGGAGCAGUUUCUGGGUGGUCCGCUGUGCGAUUUAUUGCCAAUCGGACAGCGGCGCAGACGGGCAACCAGAACACACCCGAAGGGCGUAUGGCGCACUCUCUGUCUUCCCACUCUCAACGUGAGAACGCACCGUACCGAGCGUAUCACGACGACGGUGCUUCUGAUGGUCAGCUGUUGUCGGAGAGAAAACAGCUGCGGCCACGACAUCCCAAGUAUCGACCAUGGAUCCAGCGGGACCUGCCGGCUCCCGAGCGUGCCAAGAAAGUGUUCAGGUCCGUGUCGUAUGGCGAUUGGCACGGGAAACGCCACGAACGGUUGUGCUUUAUUGAGGGAACUCGCCAGAAUGCAACAACGGCGUCACAGCGAUCAGCACGUGGCGGAAGUAAAACCAAUGAGACUGAACUGAUAGAUACAGGAACGGACACCGCCAAAGUGGCCAGCGUGGGAAAAGAAAGCGAGCUUAGCAACGAUUACAACGACGACGACGGCGACAGUAAAGUGAUCGACGACGAAGGAAACGUCGUGGCGGUGGGUGACGACGGCGUAGGCCGUUGCCGAUGCAACGCCCAAUGGCACGGGCCCGAUUGCGGUCAACCGGAAGUAAUCUGGCGUGCGUUCAUCACCUCCAGGAUAGCGAUCGACGACCAAACGGCCACACCGCGCACGGUCGCUCGCAAUGUGUUCUACAUCGUGCAGAGCACGUUCGUCAGCGUGGAGAUCUUGGAAGUGCAACUGAUGGAACUGCACGAUCAAGUAAGCCUGUUCGUGCUGUGCGAUCGGCAACCAAGCCCUUCGGCAUCGCCGUUACCCAAAGACGUUGCGAUCGCGGAUCACGUCGAGACGACGGACUUCUUACGGGGCCUGCGAAACCGUUUGCUGAUCGUGUCGGACGCAACGUGCAGUGGGCGGAACGUGUUCAGGAAACUGCAAAAAUAUACAACGAAAGCAUCGAUCCGACCGGACGAUAUCGUGCUGGUGAGCGGAACGGACGAGAUACUGAAUCGUAAGGCAGUGGCCUAUCUCCGGUGGUACGACAACUGGCCACAGCCGGUACGGUUCCGCUUGAAGCACAACGUGUACGGCUUCUUCUGGCAGCAUCAGCCCAACAGUACUGUGAUCGGUAGUGCGGCCGUGCAGGUCAGCACCCUCCGUGAGGUGUACGGAUCCGAUCCCGACCGUUUGCUGGCGAUCGAUAAGCCAGUGAUGCUGAUCGGUGAUUUAAAUCACUUUGGCGGUUGGUACUGCAGGCGAUGUUAUCAGCCGGGCGCGAUCGUACGGUACUAUGAGCAGCGAGCCGCCUACCAAGGGCUCACCACGGACGCUCGGACGCAGCUCUAUCUGCCGGAUCCAAAGCGAACCACCGUCUUGAAUGAAGCGUACGUGCAGCAGCUGAUCGCCUCCGGGAAAGACCUGGAGGACGGAGAGCGUGCACUGGAGCGACUCAGUCGCCGAACCGACCGAUACUACGAACCGGAGUACGUGCGUGACAACAGCUGGAAGUUUGAUAAUAUUGUACUGAAUCUGUACGCCCGCUGGGAGGACAAUCUGGCCGAUGAUGAUUACUUUAGCUAAACUCUGGCGCCUUUUUAAGGUCCCUUCGGUUGUACCUGAGUCGGGGAAACGUACCACACCAAACCACAGAUAUCCAGAUAAUUGAUAGACUUCUUCCACUGUCCCCACGUUCGAGUGCCGGUGUCGGUGAAAAAUGAACGAAAAACAUAAUCAUCCAACACAACUAGUCAAAUCGCGUAUCGCUUGAAUAAUCUCUAUCCUUCGUCCCAUCAUCUAUACGCUCGAAUCUCAUACCCUCAUCGUAUACCAAACACAAGGCAAUUAACGACGAGAAUCGUUCGUGGUUUUUACCUCAUCUCAGACAUCACACUCGCAAAAUACUUAUUAACGCUGCAUUCAUCAUAAUCGAUAUUUAUAUACACGUACAACUUAGCAGUGUAACGACUGGGCCACCCUGGACGGGUGGCCACAUGCUCACCCAGCAAACGGAUGGACGGCCGAAUGUGAACUUUGCGUAGUGAUAGGCGUGGUGCGGUCACGAGGAUUCGAAAUUCUCAUGCCGCCGAGGAUGUGAACCCUACGAUAGAUAGACACCAAUUAUGUAGAGGAACGGGGAACCCGUUGUGAAAUUCGCAAUCGCUUUGCAGGCGACAUGAAAGGGGCGCACAGAAUGAGCGACGUAGAUCGUAGGCGAGUGAUCGGGAUCGGCAUGGUUACUUUUACAAACGUACUGUAUAGCUGAAUAAGUAGGCCUGGGAAAAGGAUGAUAAAAAGUGCGUGACAGAAUGUGAUCGAAUGAAAGGAGGUAAAUAGAUAAAUGUAGCGUAUUCGUAGUGCAACCGAAUGCUACGUUCCAUUCGCCGGCACACACCAGCCCAUUGGUCAUUGGU